AUGGGAUGUUCCACAUCAAAGCUAGAUGAUGCAGAAGCAGUUCAACUUUGUAAAGAUCGAAAGAGGUUUAUUAAACAGGCUCUCGAACAAAGAGCACGAUUUGCAUCUGGACACAUAGCCUAUAUCCAAUCCCUGAAAAGAGUUUCGGCUGCUCUUCGUGACUAUAUUGAAGUCGAUGAGCCUCAUGAGUUCUCACUAGAGUCCUUCAUAACCCCACCAUUCACACCGAUAAAGAAAAGUAGUCCUGGUUUUAUCUGUGACAGUACACCUAAGAUCAGAAGGAUUUCAUCAAAAUCCUACUCACCUGCACAAAUCCAAUCCGAACCCCAUUCAUCUAUGAAGGUACAUUACCUAAGAUCAGGAGGAAAUCCAGCAGUGUCAGUGGAAGAGAGACCACCUCCAUCACCAGAGACAGUAAGAGUAGAAACAUACUCUCCAGUACACCAGUUUGGAAUGGAUGGUUUCUUUGCAAUGCAAUCAUCACCUAUGAAUUCUUCUUCAUUCUUCUCCUAUUCCCCUAACAGGCCCAAUAUCCCUCCACCUUCGCCUCAACAUUCUCAAUGGGAUUUUUUCUGGAACCCAUUUUCAUCAUUAGAUUACUAUGGUUAUCCCACUCGAUCUAGUAUUGAUCAGACGGUCAUGGAUGAUGACAUUAGAGGACUAAAGCAGGUAAGAGAAGAAGAAGGGAUACCUGACUUGGAAGAAAUUGAAACUGAGCAAGAGGAUUGCUAUGAUGAGGCAAAUGUAACACAAGAAAGGGCUAAAGUGGAUCUAAACUACAACAGAGAAGAAAUUAUUGUUGAAGAUGUUGAUGACGAGGAUGACGAGGAUGACGAGGAUGACGAGACGGUCAGUGGAAAUGAAACUGAGCAUGAAGCAGAAACAUCCUCCCAUGGUCAUAUUAGCAUAGAGGUGCGAGCUCAAACUGCUAGGCAAGUUGAAACUAGUGACCAAGGAACGGCAGUUGUUGAUCAAGAGGCUAAGGAAGAAACACCAGGAUUUACUGUCUAUGUAAACCGAAGGCCAACAAGUAUGGCAGAAGUUAUCAAGGAUUUAGAAGCUCAGUUUGUGAUCGUUUGCAAUGCAGCCAAUCAGGUCUCGGCAUUGUUAGAGGGGAGCAGAGAGCAGUACUCGUCAACCUCAAAUGAAUUUUCAGCCAUGAAAAUGCUGAACCCAGUAGCGUUAUUUCGUUCAGCGUCCUCGUCUCGCUCAGCCUCAUCCAGAUUUUUAGUGACUUCUUCCUGCUCCAAAGAUGAAGGUUAUGAAAGCAGCAGUGACUUCUCAGAGGAGACCUGCAUGUUUUCAGGUAGUCAUCAAUCAACAUUGGACAGACUGUAUGCUUGGGAGAAGAAACUCUAUGAGGAAGUCAAGUCUGGAGAAAAGGUUCGGAUGGCAUAUGAAAAGAAACUAAUGCAACUCCGGAACCAAGAUGUAAAAGGCGAUGACCAAGCUGCUGUGGAAAAAACAAGGGUAUCCAUUAGAGAUCUACAUACACAGAUGAAGGUUUCGAUACACUCAGUUGAAGCUAUUUCAAAGAGAAUUGAAACCUUGAGGGAUGAAGAAUUGCAGCCUCAACUUUCAGAAUUGGUACAGGGGUUAGCAAGGAUGUGGAAAGUAAUGGCAGAGUGCCAUCAGACACAGAAAAGAAGCCUCGAUGAAGCCAAGCUUUUACUUGCAGGCACACCUUCAAAACUGGAAGCUAAAAGGCUUUCUUCGUCCACUUCAGUCACUGAUCCAAACCGGCUAGCACGUUCUGCAGCCAAUCUUGAGACCGAAUUGAGGAACUGGAGAGCCUACUUCGAGGCAUGGAUCACUUCUCAACGAUCCUACGUACACGCAAUAACAGGAUGGCUUCUCCGUUGCAUGAGGGCUGAUCCAGAUACAUCAAAGUUGCCAUUCUCUCCUCGUCGCUCUAAUGGCGCUCUUCCAAUAUUUGGAAUAUGCAUCCAAUGGUCAAGGUUUCUGGAUGCCAUACGUGAGACCCCAGUGCUGGAUGGACUAGAUUUCUUCGCAGCUGGUAUGGGAUCUCUGUAUGCACAGCAGGUUAAAGAGGAUUUGCGUAGAGCACGAAUUGGUUCAAAGAGAUUCGAGACAACUGAGGAAUUCAGUGGGAAUAUGGAACUGGUGGAGGUUGGUCAAGUUGAACAAGUAAUGACUGCAGAUAAAAUGGCUGAGGUUGCCAUAAGGGUACUUUGUGCUGGAAUGUCAGUUACUAUGAGCUCACUGACAGAGUUUUCUAUUGCUUCGUCUGAGGGAUAUGCUGAUCUUGUUAAUCAAUGGGACAAUGCCAAGACUACUAGUAGAGCUGGAAUAUGA